AUGUUAUCAUGUGUUAAAAAGCCUCAAGAAUUCGAUGUUUCUGGUGAGGAAUUAAAUUGUGGUGGUCGUUCUUGUGCUCGGUGUCACAAGUGUCGUGAUUGGCAUUUUACUGGCAAUCAAGCCACCUGGAAUUGGCUAUGCAAUUACAAGAAUUGGCAACAAAAAGAUAAGAACCGUUGGCUCAAUGAUCGUAUUGAGAAGCUUUUUGAGAAGCGUGAUGGUGCCACAUGUCAUCAUAGUGUUGUUUAUUUUAGUGAUAGUAGUUAUGAUAGUCUUUUUGAUCAUUAUCUUAGUCAUGGUGGUCUUGAUCAUUAUGGUGGUCAUUAUAGUGGUUAUCAUCAUGAUUAUCAGGAAUGUUGGUUUGGGAUGUGA